AUGAGAUCUUCUACAUCAAGCGUAAGCUCAGCGUUGGCAAUUAUUAAAUAUGAAAAAGAGAUUUUACAGAAGGAAGGAGACCUUUACAGUUCACUAGAAUCAGCUCCGAAAAUAUUUCAGACAAAGAUAAAGUCUAUCUCAUCUGAACUACUUCCGAUUGUCAGUAUUAGUACCAAUAAGUAUUUGCAGAGAAAGUUGAGGAAAACUAUCCUUCCGUCCGGAGUCCUCUCUUCAUUUGUUGUAGACACCAAUUUGGGAAGACUUGGUUCUUCGAUACAGUUUGUUAGAAAAUUAAAGCCUCAAUGAAUCAAUAAUUUUAAGAUCUGUGCAAGUGUAAAGAGUUGCCUCAGCCUUAAAAAGAGCAUGCUCAACAAUUUUUCUAGAGUAUUAUCUCGGGUAAUCAUGGAAUGCCACUUGUCAGGAUUAACACUUUGCUCUAAGAGUUUAUUAAUGCUUUUCUCUGAUCUUAAAAAUGCAAGGUUAUUAAGUAUUGCAUUCUGUUGUCUCUCUCCAAUAAAGAAAAUUCAUAAAGGGACAGGAAAAUCCACAUUGAAAUAAAUUAGUCCUUAAUUCUUGUUUGUCCGUAUCUCACUCUGCUUUGGAUUAUCAAGGAAACGAGUUGAUAUCUUUAUUCUCUCUAAUCAGCACAUCUAAUUUGUGCAAUCUCCUCAGCGAAAUCUGAAUUACGAAUAUCCUGACAAAAAGUCAAGUGCUCGAUCUUAGAAGGAAGUUUCACCUAAACUAUGUGAAAUUCAGUGGAUAUUGCCCUGUUGAAAGAGUCAGAUUUGAUAUUGAUGUCGGUAUUCUUUAGAAUACUUGAAGCUAUGUGAUCUCACCAUUCAUAAUGAAUCCUAAAAUGCGGGUUUUAGUCUACUUCUUAAGUGAUAAAGAAUUA